UCCCCAGGAAAUGGACCAGAGCUCUUCUGACUCUACAGUGAUCCUUGAACUAAGUUCCGUCCCUGAAAAGGAGGACAUAAGCGUUCCUGAACUCAAGAGAGCAGAAAGUGUAUAUCUUACCAGAAAAACUCUUGGAUAUUGUACAGAUGAAUCAAUCAGCCUUGAAGACAGUGAGGACAGUGAGGACGAGUAACUUUGCUCAUGUUGUGGAAGCUGUGAAGAAAGUGGCUGAAUUUGAUGAGGAGAAAGGUCUGUACAAAACUCCAUCACUGGCUUUAAAGCUAGGCCACAACCUCAAAAAAAUGGCAAAUAUAGUCGAAUGUGAAGCCAUGAUGUCACAAGAUGAGAGUGCCCUGCACAAUGUGCGUACAUUCAAACAGCUUUAUGAAGCCCGAUGGACUGAGUGUGUGUCAACACAUGCACUCAGGAAUCUAAAAGAAGCGAAGUGGAAUGCACCUACGCUCCUUCCCUUCACUGAGGAUGUUAAAAGAAUGCACAAGUACAUUGAUGAACAGCGGAGUGAGUGCCAAACAAAACUGCUCGAAGCACCAAAUAAGAAAAGCUGGUCGGAUUUGGCCAACCUUACACUCGGUGAGAUUAUACUGUUUAAUCGCAGGCGAGAGGGCGAGGUAGCAAAAAUGCCUCUCAAAGCUUUCACCGUGAGAGACACCUCUUCAAUUCAUCCAGAUGUUGAAAUUGGAUUAACUGACCUAGAGAAGAAGCUCUGCAGGCACUUUAAGCGCAUAGAGAUCCAGGGAAAACGUCAAAGAAAGGUCCCUAUCAUCCUCACGCCAAAUAUGCUCUCAUCCAUGGAGGCUCUAGUUGAGAAUCGCAUACAAUGUGGAGUUCCCAAUGAAAACCACUUCCUGUUUGCAAGGCCUGAAGCACGAACACAUCUUAGAGGAUCAGAUGCCAUCCGACAACUUGCACGCAUGUGUGGGGCCAAGCAUCCAGAGGCCCUGUCAUCCACUAAAUUGAGGAAACAUGUGGCGACCAUGUCAAAAGUCCUAAACUUGCGGGAUAAUGAAAUGGAUGACCUUGCCGACUUUCUUGGCCACGACAUUAGAGUACACAGACAGUUCUACAGGCUUCCCGAGGGUACAUUACAGCUCGCAAAGAUCAGCAAAGUCCUUGUGGCCCUUGAGCGAGGACAAAUGUCAGAGUUCAGAGGCAGGAACCUUGACGAGAUCAGCAUUGACCCAAAUGAGGAAAUGGCUGGGGACAGUAAUCUAUCUGAGAAUGAGGAGCGUGAAAUGACCCCGGACCAGUUGCUUUUAACAGCCGGAUCGAGGCGAAAAAGGAAGUGCACGACUGAAGUUGGAUCUGACAGUGAUUCACAGGAAACUACAGUGUGUCCCGUGAGUAAGACUGCACCAAAAAAAAGACCAGAUAACAAGAAGCCAGUGGGUGAAGACAAAUCUGCAGGUGAAUCCCAGAUCACCAAAGGUUAG